AGCGGAAGCAGAGGUAGGGUUUUGGGGCAAUUUCCAAUUCAAAAUUUGGAUUUGAAAUUGAGCAUGUACUGUUAACAUGGUAGCGCUCACCUUCAGAUUGUGUUGUUCUCAAUCUUCCAGAAUUAAACGAUUUGUUUCUCGUCAACAUCCGCUGCUACUCUGCAGAAAUUUCACCUCAGAAAUCUCAGAAAACCACAACGAUUUCACAGUCAAUUACCUCAUAAACUCAUGUGGGUUGUCCCCAGAAGGUGCAAUUUUAGCCUCCAAGAGGACGAAGCUGCGUUCUCCAGAAAGACCAGACUCCGCUUUGUUCUUUCUCAGAAACCAUGGAUUCUCUCAAACCCAGAUCUCCAAGAUCGUCAGGUCAUGCCCACACGUUCUCAAUUCCAAUCCUGAUAAAAUCCUUCUGCCAAAGCUUGAAUUUUUCAGGUCUCUUGGAGUUUCAAGAGAGUGCCUUGCAAAAGUUUUGGAACGUCAUCCCGGUCUCUUGUCUGCAAGCUUGGAAAAUCGGAUUGUACCCACUUAUAAUUUUCUUAAGAGUAUGGUUUCUGAGAAAAAUGUCGUUUCUGUUUUCAAGUCGGGCUCACGGAUUUUCGUGGAAGGCCACUGCAAGACUGUUGUCCCAAAUAUUGAGAUUUUGAAAGAAUCAGGUAUGCCCCAAUCAUGCAUUUCUCUGCUGCUUGUUCAUCACCCCAGCACUUUAAUGGUAAAGCCUGAAGAGAUAGGUAAAGUUGUGGACGAGGUUAAGCAAAUGGGUUUUAAUCUGCAAAUAUCAACGUCGGUGAUGGCAAUAAAAGCAUUGUGUGGUAAGAAUAGGCCUGUAUGGAAUCGAAGUCUCCAGGUUUAUAAGAGAUGGGGUUGGUCUGAAGAUGUUGUGCUCUCUGCUUUCCGGAGGUACCCUUGCUGUAUGACUGUGUCGGAGAAGAAAAUAAUGCUAGCGCUGGAAUUUUUAGUGAUAAAGAUGGGGUGGCCGUCGGUAAUGAUUGCCAAAGCCCCGGCGGUCAUGUGUUACAGUUUGGAGAAGAGAUUCAUCCCCCGCUGCUUGGUUGUUAAAGUUUUGUUGCUGAAAGGAUUGAUAAAGGGGAUUGAAAACGUGAGUUUGGGUUCUGUGUUGGUGCCUGCAGAGAAGUUGUUCUUGGAGAGGUAUGUGGCCAGAUAUAUCGAUCAAGUCCCUCAGUUAUUGAGUGUGUAUCAUGGAAAAGUUGGAGUCCAGGAUGUAUGAUGUUUCGUAGGUCAAAAGAGGUUAGGUAUUGUAAAAUUUUUGGACGCCUCGAUGCGGAUGCAGAACUACUCAUUGCCAUUGGUAGCAGCUAGCUUUUGGCUCAGUAUUAUUCAUUCUGUUGCAUUGCACGAGGAAAUCAGAUAUGUACUGAUUGGAACUGGAGCUGAUCAUCGAGCAUUGAUGCCAUCAUCUGGACGUUUUGUUACUCCUCUGCCAAUUUGCUGCCACUUUGCAGACAUUUCAGCCCAAAAAUCUCAGAAAACCACACGAUUUCACAGUCAAUUACCUCAUACACUCAUGUGGGUUGUCCAAAAAGUGCAAUUUCAGCAUCCAAGACGGUCAAGCUGCGUUCUCCAGAAAGACCAGGCUCCGUUUUGUCCUCUCUCAGAAACCAUGGACUCUCUCAAACCCAGAUCUCAAAGAUCGUCAAGGAUCGCUCGAUCAUGAGGAAACCCUUUUGCUGAAUCGCUAGACUUCUUGUUGGCUUCACUAGUUGACUCUGAGGUCUUUCCUCAUCUGUCUAGUGCUGUCACGAUUUACAGACUACAUGUAGGCUGGCCAAGGUGCUGCAGGAAAGCAAACGAGGAAGAGAGCAAGUGAUAUUGCUGUUGCAACACCAUUAGAACCAAGUGGAAGAGAGUAGAUGGCGGGCAGUUCCAUUAAAAGUUCAUGUUUAUUUUCUACAUUGCUGGUUGGAAUAGGACUUCUAAAGCUAAAAUAUUUCAACAAACUAAACUUUGGGGUUUCCAUAGUUUGAAUGGCGACAUAGAGUUGAAUUAGUGCAUAUGUAGGUAUAUAUAUACAUUGAUUUUCAAGCUUGA